GUUCGCGUCGUAAUUUCAAACUGGUCUGUGGCUCGAAACAUCCUCGGUUUCACUGUUUACACAGCCAGCGAAAAGUCAAUGGGCGAGUUUACCUAUUCAUAUAUUCAAUAACCUUACUGAAUAUAGCCUACGGAUGCAUUCAACAAAUAAGAAAUAAACCUGCCCAUAUAUGUAGGAACACAUUGCGAUCUUUUCAAUGAGUUCUCACAUCGUCACCCCAGGUCCAUAUAGGGCCACCAAACUGUGGAAUGAAGUAACCAAGCUUUUCCGGGCUGGGAUGCCUUUGAAGAAGCACCGGCAGCACUUCAGAGUUUACAUGAACUGCUUCACUGCAUCAGCAGCUGUGGACUGGUUACAUGAACUCUUGAAUAACAACAGCAAUUUUGGACCCAAGGUCACCAGACAUCAGACAAUCCAGCUGCUGAAAAAGUUCUUGAAGAACCAUGUUAUUGAAGAUGUGAAGGGUAGAUGGGGCAUGGAAGACCUGGAGGACAACAGUACGCUGUACAGGUUCCCAUCAACAUCUCCACUGAAGCCCAUUCCUAACCGUUCCCCUUUUUUGAGGAAAAAAAGCAUGUCUAUGAUGGACAGGGAGAGUUUCUUCAAAUUCAGGAGCUCUAAGAUAUUUGACAAAGAAAUAUUGGAAAAUGUGGAUCCGAAAACACAAGAAUCUCCAAUGGGAUCAUCCUCAGAGGAGACGGAGCACUGCAGGGAGCUCACAGAGGACGACAUUCAAGUCAUCUGGAAGAAUGUCACACUUACACAUUUGCAGAAGUUGGUGGGAUCAGGGGCUCUUGAAGAUGUUUUGGAUCCAGCCCAAGUCAAUCCUCAGUUUAUUGUGUAUAAUAUGACCCAAGUCAAUAAACAUGGAGUCGUUUCAUUGGAAGAUAAGACAGAUGAUUUGCCGCACUGGGUUUUGUCUGCUAUGAAAUGUCUUGCAAACUGGCCAAAGUAUGACUCAAACCAGCCAUCUUACCCAGGCUUUGAGCGGGAUGUGUUUAAAACGGUCUCAGAAUAUUUCUACGGUCUUUCUCAGCCACUGCUUACUUAUCAGUUCUAUGAACUCUUUGUGAACAUCCUGGUUAUGUGUGGCUACAUCACGGCUCCUAAAACUCAACGUGGAAAGCGUAAAAACCUGAAGGAACCCAACUGCCCACAGAGCCAAAACCCCUAUGUGAACGCUGCCAACCUGUUCAAAUCGACCGAAUGCCUCCUGCUGAGCUUAAUAAGAAAAGAGGCCUUCGAUGAAGUGGAUUUGCCCAUGAGGGAAGUUUUCAGUUCAAAAGCAGAGACUAAGUUAGAAACCCAUAGAGCACAGCAGACCGUUUUCAAGGGUAGAUGGGCCAGCGAUGGAGACCGGCUGGGCGGUAGCUAUCUAGAAAUAUCUCAGGCUCACAAAAAAACAGAAGUCCCGUAUGGCAGGCUUUGGUCAAGAAGUUGCUCUUUGGAGGGAAUUGUUGAUAACCGUUUAAAGAACAGACUUCUCAGAUCAUCUGAAAGCCUACAGUCCUGCAGCAGUGAUAAAUCAUCCUCUCAAACAGAUUCUCCACUAGACCCAAACCUCAAAUUUGAGCUUCAAGGUUCCUCAGUGUCCAUAAACUCUUGUGUUCAAACUUCUAGCAACAACACAAGUUCCCAACUGCCUUCUGAUCUUCGCCGAACCAACCAGAGAUCCUCCAGGGCCCGGCCUAGAAGCAUCGGUAACUUGUUUGACAUAAAGGAGAACAGAGAAACGUCUGCUAGCAGCUUUAGCAUCCACACUCCUGUGGCUGAAAUUACCAUGAGACCAGAUUCCACAUCCAGCAUUGGCCUUAGAGGUCCUGGUUUGCUCAGUUUGCAUGGAAGUUGCAUGAACAUUAGGGCAGGUCCGAGCUUUAGCAGACGCUGUCAGAGCUCUCUGGACCUGAGCAAACCUGCACCCACUCGGCCCCCUUCGGCCCCAUUAGCACGCCACCCUAAGCAAAGUUUAUUGCAGCCGUCACUGGAGCGGGUGGCCAUCGAGGCCCUGCAGCUCUGCACAUUACUCCUGCCCCCCGCCAGCCGUCGCAAACUACAGCUACUUCUGCGAAUGAUCUCGCGCAUGAGCCAGAACGUGGACAUGCCGCGGCUGCAUGAUGUCAUUGGAACACGGACUUUGUUGGUGCAGACGUUCUCUAGGUGUGUGCUGCGCUGUGAGGAGGUGGAUGAUCUGGAUGAGCUCUUGGCUACAAGGCUGUUAUCGUUUCUUAUGGAUCACCAUCAGGAGGUUCUGGAGGUGCCUGUGUACCUGCGUAAUGCUGUGGAAGAUCACAUCAGUUAUCUCAAAUCACUGAGUUGGAGGAGGAGUUCUAAGACUCUGUGGCUGUUUCUGGGAACAGAGCGUUUCUGGUUUACACACACAGGCAUCAUCUCACCUCAAACUCGUUUCAACAUGGUCAGCUGUCUUGAACACCCAGCCGGUGGCUAUAAAAAAAUCUUUGAGUCAUGUGAAGAGUUAGCUGAGCCCAUUCCUGCUCACGUCUCAGGCAAAAUCCCAGCCUGGCUCACUGGCAGCCUGCUCCGUAUGGGCCCUGGGCUCUUUGAGAUUGGAGAUGAACCUUUUUAUCAUCUUUUUGAUGGUCAGGCUCUCAUACACAAGUUUGACCUGAAAGAUGGACAUGUCACUUAUUUCCGCAGGUUUAUCAGAACCGAUGCUUAUGUGAGAGCCAUGACAGAGAAAAGGAUUGUGAUCACAGAGUUUGGCACCGCUGCAUAUCCAGAUCCAUGCAAAAACAUCUUUUCCAGGUUUUUUACUUACUUUCAAGGCAUUGAGGUGACGGACAACUGCCUUGUCAACAUCUACCCCAUUGGUGAGGACUUCUAUGCCUGCACGGAAACCAACUACAUAACCAAAGUUGAUCCUGAUACCCUAGAAACAAUAAAAAAGGUGGACCUCUGCAAUUAUCUCUCAGUAAACGGUGUGACUGCACAUCCACAUACUGAACCAGACGGUACUGUAUAUAACAUUGGAAACUGCUUUGGGAAGAACAUGUCACUGGCCUACAACAUUGUCAAGAUCCCUCCACCACAAGAAGAUAAAUCUGAUCCAAUUGAAAAGUCAAAGGUUUUGGUGCAGUUUCCAAGCAGUGAGAGAUUCAAACCAUCCUACAUCCAUAGCUUUGGCAUGACGGAGAACUACUUUGUGUUUGUUGAGACUCCUGUGAAGAUCAAUCUACUGAAAUUUCUGACCUCCUGGAGUAUCAGAGGGACAAAUUAUAUGGACUGCUUUGAGUCCAAUGACAAAAUGGGUACAUGGUUUCAUCUGGCAACCAAGAAUCCUGGAGAAUACAUGGACCACAAAUUCAGAACAUCUGCCUUUAAUCUUUUCCAUCACAUUAACUGUUAUGAGGACCAAGGCUUUAUUGUUGUUGACCUGUGCACUUGGAAGGGGCAUGAUUUUGUGUAUAAUUACCUAUAUUUGGCAAAUGUGAGGCAAAACUGGGAGGAAGUCAAAAAAGCAGCCUUAAGAGCUCCACAGCCAGAGGUGCGGAGAUACGUGCUUCCACUGGACAUCCACAGGGAAGAGCAGGGGAAGAAUUUGGUUUCGCUUCCAUACACCACAGCCACAGCUGUCAUGUGCAGUGAUGGAACCGUUUGGCUUGAACCUGAAGUUCUUUUCUCUGGACCACGUCAAGCUUUUGAGUUUCCUCAGAUCAACUACAAAAAAUACUGUGGGAAAAAUUACACCUUUGCUUAUGGACUUGGGCUAAACCACUUUGUUCCAGACCGGAUUUGCAAGUUGAAUGUGAAAAGCAAAGAAACUUGGAUAUGGCAGGAGCCAGAUGCCUAUCCAUCCGAACCACUGUUUGUGCAAAGCCCUGAUGCUAAAGACGAAGAUGAUGGUGUUCUUCUGAGUAUUGUAGUGAAACCAGGAGUCACCCAGAGGCCAGCGUUCCUCCUCAUACUCAAUGCCACUGACCUGACAGAAAUAGCACGUGCAGAGGUUGAUGUCAUGAUUCCUGUCACUCUUCAUGGCCUGUACAAACCUUAGAGGACCAGAAUCACGACUUUGCAUUUCAGUAAACAGACAAUCCUUUAAAAAAAAAA